AUGGUGCCAGCGGGAUGUCUCAGCCGGCUGCUCCAGGCUGUGGGGCAGGAUUCCCUCGUGGAUCCCUGGGUGCGGGCGCUGCGGGAUCUCCUCCGGCAGCAACGCAGGGAAGAGGAGUCCUCGCCGCCUCCCGCUCCGUUAUCUCUUGCGUGCCAGGAGCAGCUUCGGUGUCUGUGCCGGAAAAUCACCCAGAACAAAGCAGAGCGGCAGAGGAAACUGAACUGGUGCUUCAGCAAGCAGACUGGUGCCACUGGGAGUGCGGCUGAGCCUGCGCCUCAAGGUGUGAAGCGCAAGAAAGCGUCAGAGGAGAGCCUGGAGUUGGAUGAGGGGAGAGAACGGAAGAGGCCACUGCUGGAGGAGGGGGCGUUUGACCCCCUGGGAACCCAGGAUGGGGGGGAUGCAGCAGAGGUGGAAGAGGAGGUGCCUGGGGAUGCUUUAGGGGAUGGAUCUGCUCAGAGCGUGGCCAGAGCUGCUCCAGAGAAAAGCUCCCAGGAUGCAGCCAGGGAGCCCAGGAAGAUGUCACAGGCAGAGCUGGCAGCAGAGGUCCAGUCCUUCCUCCAGGUGCAUGGACCACGGCUGAAAAUGCUGCUGCAGAGGGAGCCCAGCCAUUUGGAGCUGAGUCUCCCCCCUGAGCUGCAGAUCCUGAACAACUGCUCUGCUGCCCAGCUCGAGGGGCUGUGCUCCUUCCUCCAGCUCUCCACGUGUCCUGAGCAUCUCCUGGUGCGUUUCUGCAGCUGGCUCCUGGCUCUCAGCCCCAACCUCAGCUACACCAACGCGGCCGUGCUGGCAGAGCAGCUCUUCCUCCAGCGAGUGCUGUCCCUCGCCCAGCCGCCCUCCCGCCACCUCAUGGCUGCCCUGGCUUCCUUUUGCUCCAAGUAUUCCCAGCCUUUCUGUCGUGUCCUGGUGGCUGCGGUGCUGCGGGAGCCGGGGGAAGGCGCUGAGCAGACCAAGCUGCUGUGUGAACUUGUGGAAGAGUGCCUGGAGCCAGACUAUGUGCGGCUGGUGCUGAGCCAAGUCCUGGAGCUGCCUUUGUCAGAGAAGCUCCUGCCGGUGCUGCAGGCCGUGCUGGGGCGGCAGGAGGUGCUGCCCUCCGAGCUCUUCGAUCUGCUGGUCCUGACGCUGUGCAGGCAGGCUCCAGCCUUGGCCACGUCGCUGGAUUACGCCAAGCUGGUGAUGGCCAUGCUCACCAUGUACCAAAGCCAGGUCACCCCAGCGCACCGCAGCCGUUUGGCAGCCGCUCUGGAUCGCAGCAACGCGGCUCUGAAGAAAUCGCUGCAGGCUGUGCUGGAAGAAGCCAGGGAGCAGCAGACAGAGCUGGCCGGGAUCUCCACGCCUCCGGAUGAGGAUGCAGAAACCCCUGAGGAGCCACUGCUGAGUUUCCCCAGUGAGCUCUCGGUGCUGGAGAGACUGGGCUUGCACAGGGUGGCUUUGACGGAGCAGGACGUGGAGGCAGCCUUCGCCCACCUCGCCCUGGCUUUUCGCUGCGACGUCUUCACCCUGCAGCAACGGGUGCAGGUGGAGAAACGGGCGCGGGAUGCGGCGGAGGAAAACAUCCAGGAGGAGCUGGGGCAGUGCCGGGCAGCCCUGGAGGAGGCCCGGAUGAGCCGAGCGGCGGAGGUGAUGGUCCAGCACGUGGAGAACCUGAAGCGGCACCACAUGCGGGAGCACGCGGAGCUGGAGGAGAUGAAGCGCCUGAUCCAGCAAAACUCCCGCAACCGGCAGCUGGCGGAGACCCAGGAUGACACGGAGCCACGGCUGAGGUCUCACCCCCUGGUGCGAACUUUCCAGCAGGGGUCUGCACGCCGCAGGGUCAGCAUCGCCGUCAUCCCCAAGCAGCUCUUGCCAGGUGCCACCCUGGACAGCCGAGCAGCCCCAUCUGCAGAGCCGGAGGGUGCCCAGCGCCGGCCCAGCACCCAGAGGAGCGAGCCAGAGCCACAGGGCCAGGGCAGCGCUGUGACCACGGAGCCGGUGGCCAAGGUGGACAGCAAAGGUUUAAGUGCAGGGGGUGAAGAGCCGGAGCAGCUUGGACUGACGUCCAAGGAGUCCCCGGCGGAGCUGUGGCGGCCGUGGUUCUUCCUCCCCCAGCACUACUGGGUUUUCUUGUGGCUGCUCCUCCUCAGCAUCUCCUUCCUCCUCCUUAUCCAUGUCCUGGAGCUGCAGCGGCUGCAGCGGGCAUCAUCACCUAAGGCUUAG